AUGCACUCUUUGUGUCUCUUUCUCUACUUUUUCCUAUGGACCAAAGGAGCAGGGGCAUCUGACCCUACCAUGCCUUUCAUGGAAUACCUGGACCAAAAACAUCUGGUGUGCCUCAAGUGGAACUUCGAUGAUCUGAAAGGAACCAUUACAUUCAAACUGGUGGUCAACACAACAGGCUGGAUCAGCUUUGGCUUCAGUCCGAAUGGAGGGAUGGCAGGGUCUGAUAUUGUUGUAGGUGGAGUUGGGCCCGAUGGAAAAUAUUUCACAGAUCGUUAUGCCAAGGGAAAUAGUGAACCGUUGAUAGAUGAGCAGCAGAGCUAUACACUACUGGAUCUGAGCGAGAAUGAUGGUCAAACCUCGAUGAUAUUUCAGAGGUCGAUUCAGUCGUGUGAUGACCAGGACUUCCAUAUCACUGCUCAGCCCAUCAAGUUAAUCUAUGCCUAUGGAACAACAGACAAGAUUGAAUACCAUGGAACCCGCAGAGGCACAAAGGAGGUCAACCUCCUGAACUACAGAUAUCGAUCACCUCUACCCAGUGAUAAAUAUCUUAGUGCCACAGUGGAUAAUAUUACUGUCCCUCCUCUUGAGACCUACUACCACUGCAAAUACAUGACGUUUCCAACCUUUAUUAAAAAACAUCACAUAUAUCGGAUUGAGCCGGUGGUUGAUAACUCUGACAUUGUUCAUCACUUAGUGCUGUACAGCUGCCCCCCCUCUGUGAACCAAAGCUUCGAAAAUGCAUGUCAUUUGAUAGAUACAGAGGACUUUUGCAUGGGAGUGGUGGCCGGAUGGGCAGUGGGAGGAGGGGUAUUUGAGUUUCCAGAUGACGCAGGUAUUCCUUUUGGAGGUGGGAGCAGUGACACUUACUAUAAGCUGGAAAUUCAUUACAAUAAUCCAAAUCAUGAAAAAGACAGGACAGACAGCUCAGGACUAAGGCUACACUACACCGACAAACUCAGGAAGUAUGAUGUGGGCGUCCUGCUCACUGGUGUGCUGAGUUAUGGAAGUAUGACAUACAACAUACCUCCAGGGGCCACUCAAUUCCAUACCUAUAGUACAUGUGAUACUGCCCUGUUUUCUAAGUUUCUAAAUCCUAUGCCCGAUCUGCAAGUGUUUGCUGUGUUGCUACACACGCAUUUAGCUGGGAGGAAAGUCAGAGUUGGCCAUUUCAGACAAGAAAAACAAAUCGACUUCUUGGGUGUGAAUGAGAACUAUAACUUUGAAAUGCAGGAGAUUGUCAGUUUAGGCAAAACCAAGACCAUUAAAAUGGAUGAUAAAAUUCAAGUGGAGUGCACCUAUAAUACUGUCAAUCGUACAGGAGUCACUAAGAUGGGGCAUGGAACCUCUGAUGAGAUGUGCCUUGCCUUCCUAUUUUACUACCCUGCAAUUAACGUUACAACAUGUAUUAGCCAUCCAAAUACAUAUCCAUCGGAAGGCACAAACAACCAGGCAUCUAACAUCUCAUCUUUAAGUCAGGAGGAAAUUGUUGAGUAUGAGACUACGCUUCAGACCCUGCCACAAAUUCAGAUCAUCUUGACUGACGAUAGUCAGCAUUUAAUAGACGAAAAUGGCAGGAUCAGAGAUAUGAUGAAAACACCUUCUAUUAGUUGUCAGAAUGACAAUGCCUCUAGUCGAUCAAGCAGCCUUGGUACUUCCUGGGUGAUAAACAAAGCAGGACCCACACUGUUCCUACUGUGGAGUGUGAUAAUGUGAAGUGGUUGCUGUUGAUUUUAUCGGUUCAUGUAUCAUGUGCACUUGGCAUUUAGCUUAGAUCAUAUUCUGUUAGCUCUUCAUCACCACUGUAGAUCUGUUUUUGCAAUACUUGUUAAUCACCGAUCACCUGUACUAUAUACUCAUUGAUUUAGUAUCAGUCGUUAAUAAAUCUAUGUAUUACAUGUACAAUGUAUAACCAUUAUGUAUAACAAAACCAAAAACUUUAUUGAGAUCUACU